GUGAGGUGAGAGCGAGAGGUGCAAGACACCGCGGUCUGACAUUUUAAUCCUUCUCCCCUCUUGUCCUCGACCCAUCACAACAACACCGCUGAGCCCCAUCCAUCACCGCAACCAACAACCCUCCCCUCCCUCCCUCCUUCAUCCUUCUUCCUUCCCAUCGACACAGAUCCUCAUUACUCCUCACUGCUUCAUCUCAACACAUCGCCAUGUCUGCCCACGCCGACGACGAACUCAAGCCUUCCGUCACCGAAGGAUACAAGGUUGGCGAGAAGAAGUCUGUCGCCGAGUAUGCAAACCUAGAUGCCCACGAUGAAUCCCUCGCCCGCUGGAAGGAGUCUCUCGGUGUCGGAGCAGCUGCAGCUCAAGGCUCCAUCGGAGAACCUGGUGACAAGCGCACAGUUGUCAUUCUCGAGCUCGCUCUCCUCAUCAACGGACGUCCCGAUGUCGUGAUCAACCUUGACGAGACGAGCGCCGUCGAGAAGCUCGGAGAGAACCCGUUCACCAUCAAGGAGGGCUCCGAGUACCGGAUGAGGGUCAAGUUCAGAGUUCAGCACGAGGUCAUCUCGGGCUUGAGAUACCUCCAGCUCGUCAAGAGGAAGAAGAUCCCCGUCGACAAGUCGGACCAGAUGAUGGGAAGCUACGGUCCCAACACCAAGGAGAACCCGUUCUACGAGAAGACCUUUGCCGAGGAGGAGGCCCCCGCCGGAAUGCUCUACCGCGGAACCUACGACGCGCUCAGCAAGUUCAUGGACGACGACCACAAGGAGCACCUGUCCUUCAAGUGGACUUUCGAGAUCAAGAGGUCGUGGGACUGAUUUGCGCGCGCGGAUGAUUUCUUGUGUCAUGUCGUUCGAUCCCUCAUACCUCUGUUUGAAGUAACCCGGUUUCGUUUCGAGGCGGUGCGUUGCGUCUCUUACAUAUCACUUUUCAUUUUCACCUUUUAGUUCUUGGGGGAGAGGGCGGGCCAGAUGUACUCGGCUGGUGCAGCUUGGAAAUCAAUAGCGAUUUCUCAUGUGCUUUGCCGUGGGCGAGUGAACCAACCAGAG